GGGCAACGGUGAACUGCUAGUCCGAUUGGCCGGCAGUCGCUUAUCGUCGGGUCGCCCAUUUGCACGCUACACCGCGGACGAUAUUCUACCGUUAACCGCUCUUCUUCGCUCGCGAAUAAGUUUCGGAAAGCAAAAGUUCAAAGCAAAUAAAAAAUUUUCAAGCCCAAGUUUAAAAGCCAGCUCAUCGCAACCGCCCAUACCGAUCAUUUCCAGGCCGAAAGUGUUAAUUGAAAAAAUUGUCCGGACUCCGGAGUUAGUGUUGAAAUGGCAACAGCCUGCCUGCCCGCGUUUACGGAACGCUUUGAAACCACCUCCGAGGAUCUUAUAGAGUCCGACGAGGACUGCGAUACCACACAGGAACCUCCACCGCCCAAAACAAAUGGAUUGUUCUUCAGCUCCCGGACAAACUACCAGAGCAAAGUGCAGCAGCUAAUCAGCGUUAGCUUCGCCUCCUGGUACCACCUGCUCUUCAUCCCCGGCAUCCUGAGCAUCAGCAAGUUCUGCAAUGCGGCGGCGGUGAACGCCGCCCAGGUGACCGCCGCCACGCCCAGUCGCAGCGAACUUAUGCAGAACCUAAGCGGAUCUGCGCUCCUGGAGAGGCUGAAAGCCACCACCCUGGGCCCUCCGCUGGAUAGACUCAAGCACUUGGCCCCGGCGGCUGCAAACAGUUUGAAUCCUCCAUUCGGAAUCGGAUCAGGAAUGGGAAUCGGAAUGGGAAACUUUGGAAACUCCUUGAACUCUGUCCUAAAUGGAAAUGCCUUCAAGUUCCUUAAUGUGUCGGGAAAAGUAGGAACAGCUAUGGAUAUAUCUCAAAGCCUGCGGACGGAGUGCGGAGAAAAGCAGUUCCAGUGUUCCCCUGGCGUUUGUAUUCCCAUACGGUUCGUAUGCGACGGCGACUCGGAUUGCCAGGAUCACAGUGACGAGCGGCUGGAGGAGUGCAAGUUCAAAGAAUCGACUUGCCGCUCGGACCAAUUCCGCUGCGGCAACGGCAUGUGCAUCCCCCUGGGAUAUGUCUGCGAUCGGGAGGCCGACUGCGCCGAUGCAAGCGACGAAAGUCGCUCUCGUUGUGGUUUGCAAUGCAACAGUAAUAUGGUAAUGUGCAAGAACGGGGAACAAUGUGUGCACAUGAGCUUCCUUUGCGACGGUGACGACGACUGCCGCGACAAGUCCGACGAAGAGAACUGUGCCAAUAAGACUUGCCGCUCGGACGAGUUCACCUGCGGAAACGGCCACUGCGUCCAGAACCGCUUCAAAUGCGACAGGGACGACGACUGCGGCGAUGGAAGCGACGAGAGGAACUGCGGCGCGGUGAACAAGUGCCCGCCAGGAGCCUUCACCUGCCCCACAGGAGGGUGCAUCAGUCAGGAAUGGGUCUGCGACGGGGACGACGACUGCAUUGAUGGCGCCGAUGAGAAGCAAAACUGCAGCGCCAAAGCGGGUGGCGACUUGCACUUCUGUCAGAACAACGAGUUUCAAUGCAAUGAUCGCACCACUUGCCUGCAUAGGACGUGGGUAUGUGACGGCGAAAAGGACUGCCCCGAUGGCGAGGACGAGUCUUCGGAGAAUUGUCCGACGGUGACCUGCCGGCCAGAUCAGUUCCAAUGCCGGGAUCGCAGCUGCAUCGCCGGGAACCUGAUCUGUAACGGGCAAGGAGACUGUGCGGAUGGCACCGACGAGGUCAACUGCAACAUCACUGCUCCAAUAAAGCCCUGUAACACCACCAGCGAGUUUGACUGCGGCGGCGGCCAGUGCAUCCCGCUGGCUAAGGUCUGUGACAGGCGGAAGGACUGUCCCAAUGGCGAGGACGAGCCCGCCGGAAAGUGUUCAGUUAAUGAAUGCGCCACCGCAAACGGUGGUUGCAUGCACACCUGUGUCAACCUAGCCGUGGGUUACCGCUGCGAAUGCCAUGCGGGCUACAAGCUGGCCCCGGACAACCGCAGCUGUGUGGACAUCGACGAAUGUGAGACCCCCGGCGUCUGCUCCCAGCAGUGCAUCAACCAGGUUGGAUCCUUCAAGUGCGAAUGCCAGGAGGGCUACAUGAGGGUCAUGCACAAUCACACACGCUGCAAGGCCAGUGAGGGGCAUGCAUCUCUGCUCUUGACCCGGCGGCACGACAUCCGGAAAAUAGCCCUCGACCGCCCAGAAAUGACUUCGAUUGUGAACAGCACCAAGUCAUCCACCGCUCUGGACUUUGUCUUCCGCACGGGCAUGAUCUUCUGGAGCGACGUGACCACAAAGAGCAUCUACAAGUCCCCCAUUGACGAGGGCAACGAGAAGACGUUGGUGGUGAAGCAUAGCUCGGUGACUUCCGACGGACUGGCCGUGGACUGGAUCUACAACCACGUCUACUACACGGACACCCACAAGUGCACCAUUGAGCUGACCAACUUCGAGGGCAGCAUGGGCAAAGUGCUCGUCGAGGAUUCCGUAGACAUUCCGCGCUCCAUCGCCUUGGACCCCAUCGAUGGCUGGAUGUACUGGUCCGACUGGGGCGCCUCCCCUCGCAUCGAGCGAGCCGGCAUGGACGGCUCCCACCGCACCGCCAUCAUCACCUACGACGUCAAGUGGCCGAAUGGCAUCACCCUGGAUCUGGUGCUGAAGCGCAUCUACUGGGUGGACGGCAAGCUGAACAUCAUCUCAUCGGCCAACUUCGAUGGCUCCCAGCGUCGCCAGGUGCUCUACUCCAGCGAAUACCUGCGCCACCCCUUCUCCAUCACCACAUUCGAGGACCACGUCUACUGGACCGACUGGGACAAGCAGGCCGUCUUCAAGGCCAACAAGUUCACUGGACAGGACGUGCAAGCAGUCACUGCCACGCAUAUGCUCGAACAUCCCAUGGUAGUGCAUGUAUACCAUCCAUACCGCCAACCCGAUGGCGUCAACCACUGCCAGUCGGUCAACGGCCACUGCUCCCACCUCUGCCUGCCAGCCCCCCGGAUCAACGAGCGCAGUCCUCGCAUAUCCUGCGCCUGCCCCACGGGCCUCAAACUGAUGUCCGACGGCCUGAUGUGUGUCGAAGAUCUGUAUGUGCCAAGUGUGCAUAGCAGAAGACCGAUCCACAAGACGACUGGCAAGUCGCCAGUCUCAACCACCGAACUACCUCAGAUUGCGCACAGCGAAGUGCCGGUUGGAAAUGCGACUGAAACCAGUAGACCCGAGGGAAAACCUGAUGGCUCGAAACCUUCACCGAAUAACAAUAUAGUCAUGAUUGUGCUAAUCACUCUAACAGGCACAUCUGUUGUGAUUUUAUUAACAAUUUUGGCAUAUAGACGCUGCACACGAGCUGUGAACUCCAUGAACUUUGAAAAUCCUGUGUACCACAAGACCACGGAGGAUCACUUCAGCCUGGAGAAGAACGUGACGCCACACAUGUACGCCACUGCCAUGGAGGAGGAGUGCGCUAACCCCCUGUGUGAAGCGGGCACCGAAUGUGUCUGAGCCUCCGCCAAAGACCCACUUGUAUGCAUAUCCUACAUACACUGGCCGCGCAGACCGAGAUCAGCAUAGGCAUCUCCUACUAUAAAUUCCUUUAGAACAAGGCCCCGAAACUCAACUAAACAAAAUGAAAGUUCAAAAUGUGAAAUGCAGAAGGAAAAAAAAGGGGAAAUAAGAAACUUUCAUUAGCAGUAAGAAAGAAGAAUGCCAAAAACAGAAUAGAAAAGACAUCAGUGUGGGGAGAAGAGAAUACUCAACAAAUUCAAUUUGUUGCCUAGUUUAAAAUUUAAUUUAAAUGUUAAAAUACUAAGCCCAGACACACACACAUAUACAUCGCCAUACACAUACUCACUCACACACACCCAUAAACUAAUAACAAGAAACAUUUUUUAGGCGCAACAUUUCGACAUCAACUAACGGCGUCGAACACGCACCCACGCCCACACCUCACCCGCCCACCCACAAAACACACACUCGCACACACACAGACACGCGUAUACUAAAAGGCCCUCAAGAACUCAAAGAAGGAACGAGCCAGGACGCCAUUCAGUGCCAAAACUCCAACUUUCCUUACACGUCCAUGAAAUCAAUUGUAAAAAGUUAAGACAUUUUGUUGAAGUUUGCUGGAAAAAGGAGACAUUUGUGAAAUCAAAAAGGUAAUGGCUAAACGGAAACUGUUUAUAGACAUAGAACCAUUGUGACUAGUUGUAGCGUAUAUAUUUUGCUUUCCAAGAAAUCGCAGUUAAUAAAUCAGAGUUAUUAUCUUGA